GGAGGAGAGACAGCGACGGAGCGUGGUGAUUUCUGUGGAGGUCUGAGGGUUCCGACAGUGAGAACACCAAACAGUCAACAGCCCUCUCUCAACCGAUCUCUCAGUGGUCAGUCAUCUUUUUAUGUCUCUUAUCUGUGAUCUACAGUAUAUAACCUAUUGAAUGUACUGUAUAAUAUAUCACAUGUGACUGAAAGUUAUAAAGAACACCAGCAGUUACAGUGGGGGAAAAAAGUAUUUAGUCAGCCACCAAUUGUGCAAGUUCUCCCACUUAAAAAGAUGAGAGAGGCCUGUAAUUUUCAUCAUAGGUACACGUCAACUAUGACAGACAAAUUGAGGAAAAAAAAUCCAGAAAAUCACAUUGUAGGAUUUCUAAUGAAUUUAUUUGCAAAUUAUGGUGGAAAAUAAGUAUUUGGUCACCUACAAACAAGCAAGAUUUCUGGCUCUCACAGACCUGUAACUUCUUCUUUAAGAGGCUCCUCUGUCCUCCACUCGUUACCUGUAUUAAUGGCACCUGUUUGAACUUGUUAUCAGUAUAAAAGACACCUGUCCACAACCUCAAACAGUCACACUCCAAACUCCACUAUGGCCAAGACCAAAGAGCUGUCAAAGGACACCAGAAACAAAAUUGUAGACCUGCACCAGGCUGGGAAGACUGAAUCUGCAAUAGGUAAGCAGCUUGGUUUGAAGAAAUCAACUGUGGGAGCAAUUAUUAGGAAAUGGAAGACAUAAAAGACCACUGAUAAUCUCCCUCGAUCUGGGGCUCCACGCAAGAUCUCACCCCGUGGGGUCAAAAUGAUCACAAGAACGGUGAGCAAAAAUCCCAGAACCACACGGGGGGACCUAGUGAAUGACCUGCAGAGAGCUGGGACCAAAGUAACAAAGCCUACCAUCAGUAACACACUACGCCGCCAGGGACUCAAAUCCUGCAGUGCCAGACGUGUCCCCCUGCUUAAGCCAGUACAUGUCCAGGCCCGUCUGAAGUUUGCUAGAGUGCAUUUGGAUGAUCCAGAAGAGGAUUGGGAGAAUGUCAUAUGGUCAGAUGAAACCAAAAUAUAACUUUUUGGUAAAAACUCAACUCGUCAUGUUUGGAGGACAAAGAAUGCUGAGUUGCAUCCAAAGAACACCAUAUCUACUGUGAAGUAUGGGGGUGGAAACAUCAUGCUUCGGGGCUGUUUUUCUGCAAAGGGACCAGGACGACUGAUCCGUGUAAAGGAAAGAAUGAAUGGGGCCAUGUAUCGUGAGAUUUUGAGUGAAAGCCUCCUUCCAUCAGCAAGGGCAUUGAAGAUGAAACGUGGCUGGGUCUUUCAGCAUGACAAUGAUCCCAAACACACCGCCCGGGCAACGAAGGAGUGGCUUCGUAAGAAGCAUUUCAAGGUCCUGGAGUGGCCUAGCCAGUCUCCAGAUCUCAACCCCAUGGAAAAUCUUUGGAAGGAGUUGAAAGUCUGUGUUGCCCAGCGACAGCCCCAAAACAUCACUGCUCUAGAGGAGAUCUGCAUGGAGGAAUGGGCCAAAAUACCAGCAACAGUGUGUGAAAACCUUGUGAAGACUUACAGAAAACGUUUGACCUGUGUCAUUGCCAACAAAGGGUAUAUAACAAAGUAUUGAGAAACUUUUGUUAUUGACCAAAUACUUAUUUUCCACCAUAAUUUGCAAAUAAAAUCUUUUUUUUCUUUUUUCUCAUUUUGUCUGUCAUAGUUGACGUGUACCUAUGAUGAAAAUUACAGGCCUCUCUCAUCUUUUUAAGUGGGAGAACUUGCACAAUUGGUGGCUGACUAAAUACUUUUUUCCCCCACUGUAUCUCACUUGAGGAAUUCUUUCCAUAUGAUACAUUUUGGUAUUUCAAUUUAUAUAGAUGUACUUAAGUGCAAUAAAAAAAAAACAUUUCCCAUCCCUUUCCCUAUACCUUCCCAUACGCUAAGUUAUGACGAUGAAGGUUUUGAACAAAGUGUCUCUCCCCUGUCUCCAAUCUGCCCAGUGAACUCUAUUAAGGUAGAACUUGACAGUGAUGAUGAGCCUGUUGGUGCUCAACAGCCAGAGAGGAGAAAAGGAGAGAGAGAUGAAGGAUGGAGGGAUGAGCGAGGGAACACAAUAGAAGACGGGAGUGGAGAGCUGGGAGGAAGGGUGGUUCGAGGAAGUGGUUACAGGGAGCUGGCCAGUCCUCAGCCUGCGUCCCCCGGUCCCAUCCGACUGCCCAAUGGGAAGCUCCAAUGUGACGUGUGUGGAAUGAACUGUAUCGGGCCCAAUGUACUGAUGGUGCACAAGCGCAGCCACACAGGUGAGGCCAGAUAAACAGACAGCAGAGUAGGUUGAAAAAUCUCCCUAGAACACAACGGGCAAGUUUCUAUUCAGAGUUUCCUGAACUGAAAACUGUAUUGACCCCAACCCUGAUAGGAGGUCUUUGUGUUCCUCAUAAACAUGAAGCCUUUUACUUUUCUUUACGCGGUGUCUAUAUGGUCCAUUCAUUUUGACUGAAUAUAGCUCCACUGCUUUGUUCCAAGGUGAUAGUAGGAUUUUUGGGGGGGGGGUUUGAAAAAAAAAAAGACUGUCCAUGUUGUUGUCAGGUGAGCGUCCGUUCCAGUGUACCCAGUGUGGAGCCUCCUUCACCCAGAAGGGGAACAUGCUGCGCCACAUAAAGCUGCACUCUGGAGAGAAACCCUUUAAAUGUCCCUUCUGUAACUACGCCUGCCGCCGCCGGGACGCACUCUCUGGACACAUCCGCACACACACUGGUAAGACACAGUAGCCUGCUUUCUAAUGUCAAGCCAGGAAACUGGUAAGACCAUUUGGGCUCAGUGGGAACAGAUGGGGAAUAGAGCCGCUACCAGCCUCAGUCCCAUUGUGUUGUGUAAUUACAAUGUACUGUAAUAGCGACUCAUCUGUUUUCACAGUGUCUUCAAUUCAAUAUUUUUUGGGGGUCCAAUUGGAUUUAGAACAAGAAAAUCAUCUAUUUCUUGCAAAAAAGUACAUUCAGCUCUCUAGAGUGGGGCUCAGAGGAAAUAGAUAAAUACCUAUUGUCUUUACAGGAAUGUACUUUACCACACGUGCAAAAUAUGACAUUUAAGUAUUCAAAACAGGAUGUCCUGUUGGUGUUUUUCAAUUUAAUGAAGACAUGCAUUCAACAGGUGUUGAUAGAGAGAGGCAGAGCCUGGUGGGUCUGCUUUUCUGAAUAAAUAAGUUCAGUUUCGAAGAAAAGCAAACUUUCAAACCUCAGAUUUCGGCGAAAUGACGUGUCUCUGACUGCUCGGUAAAGGUGGAACAUUGCGGUGGCGAUUUGGGUGUUUUAAAACGUCAAAGGUGUGGAACAGAGAACAAUUUCUGGAAUUCACGGAGAAGGGGGAGUCCAUACCCAUAUGGAAAAUAUAUAUAUACAUUUAACAAGAUUCCUAUAUGUUCUACCUGGAACAUGUCACUAAUACAUACGGCAGCAAAUACACUGAGAAUAUUCUUGUAAUAUCUUACUUAUAUGGGUGGGUAACAUUUAGACAUAACAAAAAUGUUCCAUGUAUUAUAUUUAAAAAACAUACGAGAGACCAUUUUGUCCCAUAUGGAAAAGAUAUAGAAGAAUCUAACAAGAUGAUUAUGUUCUACUUGGAACUUGGCAACAAAUACACAUACAACAUUAAUAGAAGAUUGUUGUAAUAUCUGACUUAUAUGGGUGGGUAACCUUUAGACAGAAAUAUAAAACACAUACGCCAGACAUGUAAGCUAAGGUUUCUAAGGAGGGGGUAAAGGAGGAGGUGGAGGAGGGGGUAAAGGAGGAGGUGGAGGUAGAGAAGGAGCAGGAAGGGGUGGAGGGAGGAGCAGGAAAAGGAGGAGGUGGUGAAGGGGGAGGGAAAUAUAGGUAUAAAUAGCAAAAUGGAUGAUAUGACUUAAAAAGUAAAGUUAUAUUUCAUUUGCUCUGUUAAACCUACCCUUUGGAAUGGCUCUCUCAAUAAUCAUUCUCACGAUAGAACAUUGGUAAUAGUCAGUGACAAAUAUCAAAGUUAAGCAGGGCUGAGCUUGGUUAAAGCCCUGGAUAGGAGACAAAGGCAUAGCUGUAGAUAAAUCAACUGUCCAGUAGGUGGUGCUGCCCAGCCUUAACCAUGGAAACUCAUACCUGAAAAUGAAAAUGCACUCUGAGUAUACAAAACAUUAAGAACACCUGCUCUUUCCAUGACAUAGACUGACCACGUGAAUCCAGGUGAGAGCUAUGAUCCCUUAUUGAUGUCACUUGUUAAAUCCACUUCAAUCAGUGUAGAUGAAGGGGAGGAGACAGGUUAAAGAAGGAUUUUUAAGCCUUGAGACAAUUGAGACGUGGAUUGUGUAUGUGUGCCAUUCAGAGGGUGAAUGGGCAAGACAAAAUAUUUAAGUCCCUUUGAACGGGGUAUGGUAGUAGUUGCCAGGCGCACCAGUUUGUGUCAAGAACUGCAAUGCUGCUGGGUUUUUCCACGCUCAACAGUUUCCUGUGUGUAUCAAGAAUGGUCCACCACCCAAAGGACAUCCAGCCAACUUCACACAACUGUGGCAAGCAUUGGAGUCAACACCUUGUAGAGUCCAUGCCCCAUUUGAAUUGAGGCUGUUCUGUCUCAUAUACAGUACCAGUCAAAAGUUUGGACAAACCUACUCAUUCAAGGGUUUUUCUUUAUUUUUACUAUUUUCUACAUUGUAGAAUAAUAGUGAAGACAUCAAAACUAUGAAAUGACACAUAUGGAAUCAUGUAGUAAGCAAAAAAGUGUUAAACUAAUCUAAAUAUAUUUUAGCCACCCUUUGCCUUAAUGACAGCUUUGCACACUCUUGGCAUUCUCUCAACCAGCUUCACCUGGAAUGAUAUUUGAACAGUCUUGAAAGAGUUCCCACAUGCUGAGCACUUGUUGGCUGCUUUUCCUUCACUCUGCGGUCCGACUCAUCCCAAACCAUCUCAAUUGGGUUGAGGUCGGGGGAUUGUGGAGGCCAGGUCAUCUGUUGCAGCACUCCAUCACUCUCCUUCUUGGUAAAAUAGCCCUUACACAGCCUGGAGGUGUGUUGGAUCAUUGUCCUGUUGAAAAACAAAUGAUAGUCCCACUAAGCCCAAACCAGAUGGGAUGGCGUAUCGCUGCAGAAUGCUGUGGUAGCCAUGCUGGUUAAGUGUGCCUUGAAUUCUAAAUAAAUCACAGACAGUGUCACCAGCAAAGCACCCCCACACCAUAACACCUCCUCCUCCAUGCUUUACGGUGGGAACUACACAUGCGGAGAUCAUCCAUUCACCCACAUCGUGUCUCACAAAGACACAGCGAUUGGAACCAAAAAUCUCCUAUUUGGAUUCCAGACCAAAGGACAAAUUUCCACUGGUCUAAUGUCCAUUGCUCAUGUUUCUUUGCCCAAGCAAGUCUCUUCUUCUUAUUGGUGUCCUUUAGUAGUGGUUUCUUUGCAAUUCGACCAUGAAGGCGUGAUUCACACAGUCUCCUCUGAACAGUUGAUGUUGAAAUGUGUCUAGGCCUGAUCACCGACAACGAUGAGACAGCCUAUAUGGAGGAGGUCAGAGACCUGGCCGUGUGGUGCCAGGAUAACAACCUCUCCCUCAACGUGAUCAAUACAAAGGAGAUGAUUGUGGACUACAGGAAAAAAAAGAGGACUGAGCACGCCCCCCAUUCUCAUCGACGGGGCUGUAGUGGAACAGGUUGAGAGCUUCAAGUUCCUUGGUGUCCACAUCACCAAUGAACUAUCAUAGGUCCAAACACACCAAGACAGUCGUGAAGAGGGCACGACAAAGCCUCCUGCCAUCCAGGACCUCUAUACCAGGCGGUGUCAGAGGAAAUUGUCAAAGACUCCAGCCACCCUAGUCAUAGACUGUUCUCUCUGCUACCACACGGCAAGCGGUACCGGAGCACCAAGUCUAGGUCCAAAAGGCUUCUCAACAGCUUCUACCCCCAAGCCAUAAGACUCCUGAACAGCUAAUCAUUGCCACCCGGACUAUUUGCACUGCCCCCCCCCCCUCUUUUACGCUGCUGCUACUCUGUUUAUUAUUUAUGCAUAGUCACUUUAACUCUACCCACAUGUACAUAUUACCUCAAUUACCUCGACUAGCCGGUGCCCCCGCACAUUGACUCUGCACCGGUACCCCCCUGUAUAUAGCCUCCCUACUGUUAUUUUAUUUUACUGCUGCUCUUUAGUUAUUUGCUUUUCUUUUUUUUACUUAACACUUUUUUUAUCUUUAAAAAAUGCAUUGUUGGUUAAGGGCUUGUAAGUAAGCAUUUCACUGUAACCUCUACACCUGUUGUAUUUGGCGCAUGUGGCAAAUAAAAUUUGAUUUGAAGAGUGUGCAAAGCUGUCAUCAAGACAAAGGGUGGCUAUUUGAAGAAUCUCAAAUAUAAAAUAUAUUUUGAUUUGUUUAACACUUUUUUGGUUACUACAUGAUUCCAUAUGUGUUAUUUCAUAGUUUUGAUGUCUCCACUAUACUUCUACAAUGUAAAGAAUAGUAAAAAUAAAGAAAAACCCUUGAAUGAGUAGGUUUGUCCAAACUUUUGACUGGUAGUGUAUGUCAUAUAAUAUCCAUGUAGGAAAGUGGCCACUUUCAUAUAUAUUCUAUUGUAUUUGUCAUACAAGGCCAAACAUACACCAUUUCCAGAUUUACAUAGAAGAUACAUACAAACCAUGUAUUUGUAUCUUACCUGAUUCUUACUAGAUUUUUGUGCAAAUAAUCUACUUCUGCCAUACAAGAUUCUUUUAGGAUUUUCAUGAUUCUUUUCCAUAUGGGUAGGCUAACGACUAGGUCAUGAACUAGUAUUAAAGGAUGUAAUAAAACUUGAAUUAUGCACAACUACAUGUAUCUUUUUAUUUAUUUAUUACUUGAAAUAACUAACUUCCCUAGGACACAAUAUCAGUAGUCUGGUCAUAUUUUGUAGACCUCAUUUUACUCAAACAGACCAAAAGAGAAGCAUGCGUGACCCAUUGAUUGACCCAUGAAUUGCUGUGUUUCUGUGCUGCAGUGUCCUCUCCGACAGUGGGUAAACCUUACAUGUGCAGUGACUGUGGUCGUAGCUACAAGCAACAGAGCACCCUGGAGGACCACAUUGAACGCUGCCACAACUACCUAAAGAGUCUACAGGACCAUCAGCCAGCACUCAGCACUGACCACACUGCAAAGGGUAACAUACACACAGACUCUUAAUGUAAAAUGUACCAGGUAACACACAUUGACUCUGUCAUCAUCCACACAAGCUUGCAGAAAUGCACUUUGCUCCUUCAUGUUGUAUUAGUUCAAUCUGAGCUCACUGGCCUAGACACUGUGAACCAGAAGACACAGAUCUGUUUUUGCGUUAUGAUGUCAAUGUGUAUUUGAACAGAGUCUGUUGUGCUUUGUCCCCAGGCAUAGAGCCGGUGCCUGAGCCAGAGGCUGUCCUCCAGCUGUCCACUGAGAAACUGUCCUUUAUAGAUAGACUGGCUAACAGCAUCACCAAACGCAAGAGGUCCACUCCACAGAAGUUUUUGGGUGAGUUUUUUCCUGCCUAUAUAUUUCCAUGUUCCUGAAGGUAUUGAAACCCAACAGUGCUGUAACAUGAUGAUAGUCUUAUGAAUCUGAGGUUGUCAACACUGAUGUGCACUUUUAUUUACAGGAGUAAAGCACAUGAGGCUCAACGAGCCUGAUAUAACUUCUGAACUGUCCCCUAGACCUGAAAAGGAUAAGGAUGUGGACCUGCACUCUGCACCCAACUCUCACCUUGAGGGAGGGUUAGUGGGGAUGGGGGGCAGGUAUCUCCGCAGGUGUGGAGGUGAUGAGGACCCUGGGUCUGAGCCCCCUCAGCUGGCCCUGCCCCUGCCCUACCCUGCUUGCCAGUCCCUGUCUGACCCCAGCCCAGUCAUCAGCUCUGUUUACAGCCACCUGACUCCUCUGGGUCUCCAGGUCAAUGGAGCUGUAGGUGGGCAUGGAGGUGGGGUAGUGGCCAGGUCUGUGGAGCUCGCUGGGCGGGAAGCAGGCGAGGGACACAAGGACAUACCCUCAGGUCACAGCCCCACGGUCAGCAAAGGCUACAACCCCAGCAACGGCCCCAGCAAUGGCUGCCAUGAUUUCAAAGACCAGUCCAACCCGGAGAGCACAGCAGAGGGGCAGCAGAGCGCCGGUGUUACAGCUCCAACCAGCAACUCCAACAACCACCACUUCCUCCCUCACCUACAGUACGUAGCCCCAGCCCCGCCCCGCCGUCCAAACCCAAAUCCCAGACACGCCCAAGACCCAGACAUAGAGAGGGAGAGAGGGUACACCGUCACCACCAUCCCCACCACUGUGAAGGGAUCGGGGAGCCCUGGUUCAGGGUCACCACCCAUCUCCAGGGAGGCUUCUAUACAGGUACAGGUGGUGGACAGGGCGGGGCGAGCGGUGCAGUCAUUCCGCUGUGAGCACUGUCGCAUGUUCUUCCUGGACCACGUGAUGUUCACCAUCCACAUGGGCUGCCACGGAUUCCACCAGCCCUUCCAGUGCAACGUUUGUGGCCACCGCAGCCGGGACUGCUACCAGUUCACCUCGCACAUCAUCCGCGGGGAGCACCUGGUGGGCUGAGGACGUGAGUGAAGGGAGGAGAGCCGGUCCCAACUGCCCUACCCCUUAGCCCUUCCCCUUCAAUGUUUACACAAAUCUGAAGGGUCUGGAUAGGUAUAAUCAGUGUACUGGUGGAUAUUUCACUGUAUUGCUUCCACAUUACAGAUCUACACACAUCAAACGGUUAGGGCCAAGGAGAAGGGAGUGGGAGCAAAUUGAGACCAGCUGGGGGUGAAGGGGGUGGGUGUGGCGAGGGAGGGGCAGGGGCAGGGGUGUCUGCUUCUUUGAGGUGACAUGGGCUGUUUGUUCUGCACCAGAUUACACACAGAUAGACACCCAUUGCCU